AUGCGGAUACAUCGCUUCCUCAGCCUAGCCCCCGCCCUCUUCAGCCUCCAGGCCCAUUGCCUGAAGAUAGCCUGCAGCCAGCAAUGGAUCGAGCACACCCCGCUCGCCUACGCCGCGGCCAACUUCUACAACAACAACAACAACAACAACGACAAUAAAGCCGCCGGCGACACAGCCUCCAUCAUAAGCGGCGGCAUCCCGAACCUCUCAGACCGCAGUGUCGACCUCGCAGGCAACGCCGAGACACAGGGCCUCAAAAACUACGUGACACACAAGAACUACCGGCUCAUCGGCAUCAUCGUCGAGGUCACCUACCGGCUGGUAGCCAACCGAGCCGCCGGGAUCAGCACGCUGGCCGACCUGAGGGGCAAGCGCAUCGGCACCAUCGCGGGCACGUCGGCCGAGGUGUUUCGCCGCCGGUCUCUCCUCCUCCUCUCAUGA